AUGAAACGCAAAUACACGACCACUAAAAUUCAGGUUAAGUUAAAAGCAAUUGAGCUAGUGAAAAACGGAGAGAGUGUUAAAGAUGUGGCUGCAUCUUACGGCGUUGGAAAACAGACUGUGCUGGAUUGGGUGCAACAAGAGGAGCGCUUGAAAAACUAUGUUAACAGCAAUGCUAGGAACAAUAAUUCAAUGACGAUGCGGCCAGGAUUGACUCCUCAAACAUCCGAAGCACUCUUUAUUUGGUUUGAGCACAUGAGGGAGAGAGGAGUACCAGUUUCCGGUUCUCUUCUUCAAGCCAAAGCACUCCAGUUCCAUGAAGUUUUCGAGGAUGGUCCUGCCAACUUCUCUGCAAGUUCCGGGUGGCUUACUAGAUGGAAGAAAGAGCACGAAGUGAGGCAGCUAACAGUAUGCGGAGAAGCUUUGUCUUCCAGGGAAGAGAUGUUACCAACAUUUUAUAAACACCUCCAAGAAGUCAUUGAAAGUGAGAAUCUUGGAUAUCACCAGAUCUACAAUGCCGAUGAGACGGGUCUGAACUUCAGGAAAUUGCCAAACAAAACUCUUGCAGCCCGAACUCAAAGAAGUGCUUCCGGAUUUAAACAGAGUAAGGAGAGGAUCACUAUUCUAGCUUGUGCAAACGCUAGUGGAACACAUAAAAUUCCACUUUUCGUGAUUGGAAAAUCUAAUGUGUUGAAUGCUAUAAAAGCAAUUGAUAUCUUGAAAACAAUUGCGUGGAUUUCCCAAGCAUGGACACAAGUGGAUUCAAACACCAUUGCCAGAAGCUGGAAGAGAGUUUUUGAAAUCACUUUUAGCUCAGACGUCUCAGGUGAUGAACAACUUCUGAAUUACGAAGACAAUACUGAUGAAGGGGAUGUAGAGCAUCUGAUCCAGUUAGCCAAUGCUUUGCCGCAUAAUGAUUCUAUCACUGAAGACGAUAUUGCAAUUUGGCUACAAAGUGACAACUCUUUGGACAUGAGUGAUAGCACAAUUGUUGACAUGGUCAGAAAUAAGAACGACAUUUCUGAACAAGAAGUUCACGAUGAACAAGAAGAACUUCUAGACCAGAAUCUUGUUCGCAAUCAAAUUUCACCAGAAGAAGCACUCAGAGCAUUGGAUGUCGUGCUUAGCUAUGUGCGCCAGAGAAAGGAAAGUCUUCCAACAAUAAUGACCAUUCAUAGGCUGAGGGAAGACGCAGCACACAGCAGGGGAAUAAUUCUCAAUUGA